ACAUUUCUGACAAUACGUAUAAUUAUGCUUUACUUUUAUAAUUUAUAUUUAUAGUGAAUAUUCAAAUUGCAACACAUGAUCACAAUUUUCUGGAAAGUCCGUUACUCCUUACUUACUUUGAUAAUAAACGUAUGUUAAUUCAUUAUAUUAUAUUAGUACGUAGUCAAACUGUCGAAGCUUUAAAACUUGGAUAAGACCAUGAUUUGACGUACCAUUAUUAUUAUUGUUAUUUUACAUAUGUUACUUUUUUAAUGUUGACGACAUAAUAUAAACAGAUUAACAAAAAACCCUAUCUUGGUUUGUCCGACACCGUGCUAACAAGGAACAGCUUAAAAUAAGUUCCAAAGGCUCCACCACACCUUGGUUGACAUCGAAUUAAUCUACAAAUACUAAGCAUAGAUAUAACUGAACCUGAAACAAGUACAAAUGUCUUCAAGAUAAAAGCAAAUCAAGGCCACACUACAACACUAUACAAGUGAAUGAUAAUGAACUAAAAACAGAUAGGUAUUAAAAGGUAUAACACUAUCUCAAAUUAUGGAUACCCUGCCACAGCCCGCUGAUUGUAGGAAAGUUCUUGUUACAGGAUACCCUUCUUACACUCAGCCUCAAGAUCUCACAAGAAUAUUUUCAAGCUAUGGAACUGUGAAAGUGGUAAAAAUAAAUAAUAAAUUUGCUGUUCUCGAGUUCAAAGAUGCGGACGAAGCUAAAUGUGCUAUAGAGGACUCCAAUGAAGUCAUAAUAUACGGAGAGUUCUUGACCGUGGAGCAGUACUCCCAUAAGUCGGAGCCGACAACACCUAAGAGGGAAUUUAAGCAUAGCAAGAACAAAGUGAGUAAGAUUGUGGACCCACGCGCGCUGGACCUGUCGGGCGACUUCCACCAGCAGCUGGCCGGCCUGCUGGGCGCCGUGCGGCUGGCGCAGGACGAGGUGGCGGCGCUGGCGCAGCUCUACCACGACCUGGAGCAGGCGCUGCAGCAGCCUUGGCCCGGGUGCGUCGCUAUGCCGUUCGGCUCAAUAACGACGGGCCUCGGGAUCAAGACGAGCGACGCGGACUGCUUCAUCCACGUGCCGCCCAACCUGCACCACCCAAGCACCAACUACGUCAUCAAAGCGAAGAGAAUCCUUCAGCAGUACCCUCAGCUGUUCGCGGAGAUACUCGCCAUCCCCCGCGCCAACACCCCCAUCGUCAAAUUCUUCCACAUUCCGACCGAGACCAACUGCGACGUGACGUUCAAGACCCCCCUGGGCUCCCAGAACAGCAAGCUGAUCGCCUUCCUGCUGCACGCCGACCCGCGCCUGAUCCCCAUGGCGGUGGUCAUCAAGUACUGGGCGCGCGUGCACGGGCUGUCGGGCACGGGGAAGCUCACCAACUACGCGCUCACCAUGUUGAUCAUCUUCUACCUGCAGCAGCCGCCCGUCAGCAUCCUGCCGGCCGUGGAGUGGCUGCAGCGGGACGCCGACAACGACAUCAUUGUGGACCACUGGAACACCGGCUUCAUGCACCACCAUGACCGCCUGCCCGAGUCCACCAACACCUCGUCUAUAUCCGAAUUACUUGGAGGAUUCUUUCAAUACUAUUCCACUUUCAAUUUUACUGACUUGAUCGUUUGUCCAUUUAUGGGAAGCCCCAUAAAGAAAGAUUUAUUUAAAGAUCUGAAUCUCUUACCGAAGGAAUUCGGGCGUUACGUAAGUAACAUUCGAGACCGUUUGACCGAUCCGAUGAGGUUUACGACAGCGAUGUGCGUUCAGGACCCCUUCGAACUCUGCCACAAUGUGGCUUCGCCGAUCACCAGUAGACUCGCCUUCGAAAUUAAAGAAUUCUUCAGGUUUGCAGCGGCGGCCUAUGAUAAGGAAAAACUCAACAACUGCAAGGGUCUGUUUCAGAUAAUUUUAAUUCAAAAGCCAAAAUUAUCAAAUGGAAAAUUACAUCCUGAAUUUCGAGUGGUCAUUUACCCACACAUUAUACAAAACAUUAUAAAUCCAGACUGGAAAUCGGUGAUCACAGAAGUCCUGAAGAAGGUGUUCGAACAGAUAUGCAAAAUUAAACUGGUGAGAAUCGAGGAAAAAGCAAAUAAUACAGGGAAAAAACAGAAAGAGAAGUACUUAGCCGUUGUAGACAAACCUAUAUGGAAGAGGAACCAGUUCUCAAAACUUUACAAUUUAAUGCAUCUAGAUUUUCUACAGAAACAAACGCGUAUAACGGAAGAAAUACUAAACGUCGAAAAGCAACAGUACAACGUCCAAUUCCGGUUGAUUUUAACAUUUUCUCAAGAACCGAAAAAUGCGGCUGCUUGUAUAAAAUUGAUUGAGGGAGAUCCUGUGGUUUUCCGAGAAUUCGGUAAAUUCUUCGUAUCAAGUAUGCAUAAUUGGUUCGUUACCUUAAUAAAAUCGGAUCUAAAACCGCGUGAAAAAAAACCGGGACACACCGGACCUAAUAUUAUAAGCAGUAUUGAUGAUAAAGACACAGAAUCUAAAGUUAUAAAUAAUGUUGAUGAUAAAAUUACAGAACCUGAUGUUAUAAUUAGUGUUGAAGCGUUAAAUCUAAAGUCUGGUGAUAUAAAUAGUGUUGCAGAUAAAAAAGCAAAAAGCGAAGAAGAUCUCAAUAUAAGCGUGUCUCAGACAGAUAGUUGUGAUAAAAACUUGGCAGGGGACUCAGAUGCAGUUGAAAAUAAAAGUGACACUAGUAAAGACAAUGUAGAACGUGUUACACCCUGAGCCACCUUGUUAAUGCAAAAUUAACGUGUUAUAUGUUAGAUAGUAUUUUGCCGUAUUUUAUUAUUUUAAUAAGCUAAGUGAUUAAUUUUUUUCUAUGUAACUAUGUUUUUAUAUAAAAUAUGUAGAACUUUGAAGUUGUUAACUUUAA